GCUCAGGCUGGGAGAAUCCAUUUAAAGAUGGCUGUUGAUCGAACGACUGGCUGCCGUGUGAUAUGUCACUUUGGAGCAACGUUUCGACUGGUUUCGACGUUAUAGCUCGAUAAAACUGUUGAUAAUCGUUGGCUAUCGCUGACGCGAGUAACCUUUUCGAUCGAGAAAUUACAUUUACGAAGAAUGAAAUAAUCUUUGAUUAAAAAAAUGAAUUGUCAUCAAAUAUUAAGCGGAGCCUGUAAUGCGGGUGAUCGGUGUUACGCCGUCGGCUCCGUCGAAGGGAUUUCUUUUACCGCAUACGCAGCAGGCUGCAACAUAGUAAUUCUCGCCAGUAACUUUGAACGAGUUCAAAUAAUUCCCGGAGCUGUACAUAACUACAUAAGAAUUAGUUGCUUGGAUUGCAGUACCGAUACAGGAAAAAUUGCAGCAGCGUAUGAAAAUCAAGUUUGCAUAUUUGAACCUACGCCGCUGAUUCAUAGCACGUGCUCUCACCAAUUAGAAUACAGAUGGGUCCAAACUGGAAGUCUACAGACGGAGUCAAACAUCAGUUCGCUGUCGUGGAAUUUGGAAGGAACGCGAUUAUUGACCGGAGGAGAACUUUUACAACUAUGGCAUCAAAAUAUUACUCCUUUUCAAGAAGAACACACGACGAAGGUGAAUAUGUUACGAUCGCAAGAAGCUGGUGUAGCAGAGAGAGAGGAAAAUACUUCGAACGUUUCUCUGGACCCUGGUACGGUUACUUUUUCGAUCGGUGGGGAGGCGGAAAGUCCUUUACCUGGAGAUUCGACAAAUGGAAAUGAACCAGGAGCUUGGAAUUGUGUUUGGAAGUGUCGCACAGCCACGCCAGUCCACCUGAUGAGUUUCAGCCCGGAUGGUACAUUAUUUGCGACGACAGGAUUCAACGAUAGAUUGGUGAAAAUUUGGUUCGAGAAUAAACAAUUGUUUUCAACGAGAAUGGAUCAUACUAACGUUACGCAAUGUACGACUAGUGACAGUUACAGUUUUGUUUAUGUCGCUCAUCCUCGUGCUGUGACACAUUUAUCUUGGCGCAAGACUAGCAAAUACAUGCCAAAAGGUUCCGUUUCAAACAUGUUGGUCACAUCGUGUAGAGACAAUAUUUGUCGAGUAUGGGCAGAAACUAUACCACCCGAGGUCGAAGGAUUAGCAAAUAUGAGUCAAUUUGAGGGAUCCGACAGGCACGGUCAUCAUGGAAAACAUCGACAUCACAGUAUGCAUAAGCAUCGAUUCAUGCAGCGACUCAAACACAUGAAAACGUGUUUCCAUAUUCGUCGACACGCUAAACAACAACAUCAGGCAGGUCACGCCACAGCUCCAACAUUACCAACUUUACCUUCAACGUAUUCGGUGCACGAUUUUCACAAUAAUUAUCAAGGCGCAGGUCACUAUCCGGGCAUGCAUUUUCAUUUAGCAGCUAGCAUCAAUGCAGAAACCGAUAUACCACUGGUGCCGAGUCUAAUUACCGGAGAUCCUGAAAGGGAACCAAAUUUUAUUUUACAUUGGUUAAACAAUAAAGAAAUGCACUUUACGAUGCAAGCGGAAAAUAUUUUACAAGAACUGACUCGUAAAGUGGUAGAAAAGGAAGAAGGAUUGCAUCAACAAGAGAUAGAUCGUGCAGAUCACGAUUCCGAAGAAGAAGGACUGUCGAAAAAAGGAGUACGAUUGCAACCUAUACAAAAAUCUGGAGGAACGAUUCGAUCGAUGAGCCAAGAGGAUCACAGUAGCGAUGAACAUCAUACGGCUCAUACAGUUUCGUCGCAUCAUAGCUUGCCGCACAGUGCACAUUCGCAUCAAAGUCUUAGUAAUACCACAUCUAUUAAUUCUAUCGCAACGGACGUAACAUCUUCGAUAAAUCAUGCUCCGGAUUCUUUGGACACAAAGAUUGAAACGUUAUUGCGCGAUUGGCAUCAUAAUCCGGAUCUACUUUUCUCGAUUCAUCCGAUAGAUGGAAGUUUUUUAAUUUGGCACGUCGAAUGGUUGGACGAAUAUCAUCCGGGAUCGUUUCGACAAGCGCAAAUUUCAUUUUCAACACGAAUUCCGAAUGCUUUUCCCCUUGGAGACGCUUCCACUAUGAGUCACAGCGUAUCGAUGUAUUCUCACAACACUGGUGGUCCUUUGUUGAAUAUUCGCGAAGUGGCAAAAUCAUCGACGAAAUCUUCGAAUGAUGCUGCUGAAACUGCCACGCCAUUACCGAGUUUGAUCGAACAAGACGAAGAACAGUCUACGUUAACGUCGAGAACGGGCCAAGAGCUGUUAAAAACCAUCGAAAACUCGGCCGAUCAGAGUCAGAGCGUUGCGGUAAAAGAAAGGAACGGUCAUGUGGAAUGUGGGAAAACGAACCAAGAAAUAGUCAACGAUUUAUUGGCUCAUCCAAGUCCAAUUGUCUCGAUGGUAUCGAAGCACUCGAAUGGAACGUUGAACUUGUGGCAAUUGACGUUUGCCGAUAGAACAAAAUUUUCCCAGGUAUUAAGUAUCGGACACGCAUCAAGAGCUUCGGGACAUCGGUUUCGCGUAAACGAUAUUACUUGUCAUCCGGUUUUGCCUUUGCUGGUGACGACAUCGCAUCACAAUAUACCAGAAUGUUCCGGAUCGCAAUGUCAGGAGACUGAUUCGAACGAAAACUUGAAUAACAAAUUAGGUGGCGGUAAAGCGACGUUGAAAGAUGUUUCUUCGACAGGGUUUUGCAGCGAAUUGAUACUUUGGCGCGUAGACCCGGUCGGACCGUUAUCGAAGAGCGGUGGAGUUUCCGAAUUGGCGCGUAUCAAUUCCCCGGAAAUCUCAGCGUUUAGUAACGUGGCUUGGAUUCCAACUUUAUUGCCAAGUACUACCUUAGGUAAUUUAUCGAAUUCUCCGAGCGCCUGUUUCGUUGCCAGCGACGGCGAAUGUUUAAGAGUUUAUCAAGCUGUUAUCGAUGCUAGAACAUUGUUGGCGGAAGUAUCGAGCAGCGAAAGACGAAGUAGAAUGAUGGAUUCAAUGGCGAGUUUAUCGACGGACGUAUCGUCGGACGAUGGUAUCAGACAUUCGAUUCACGAUACGAUUAAGAUAGUAUCGCAACAAUCAACGGCGAGACCAGGUUGCGUGAUACAGUUGGACGCUAUUGCUGAUGCCACGCAUGACUGGCAGAACACGCAGUUUCUGCACGUAUUUCAAGAGCAAUUAAUCACCGGAGACAGAAACGAUGAAAAGCAAACUGGUGUCGAUACAUCGGCAAACGAUUUAGGUUUGAUGGAGUCCACCUUGGACGCGAUGGUAGAUUUACAGCAGUCUGCGAUAUUCGAGGAACCAUUCUAUAUAGUUGUUUUAGAAAGAACGCAACAGGGCACCACGGUACACAUGUGGCGGUUGGUUAUAGCCUCUCAGCCUGAGACUACCGGAUUGUCGGGAUCGAUGAUGUACGUUCCAGAUUCUCAUUUGGUACAAGACGAAGAGGAGGAGGGCGGUACACCCGGACGAUACAAUCAUCCAGAAGGUAGAAGAUCUCGUAGAGCGAGUCAGACUCGCCGCGAUAGUCAAGGCGAGUUUGACACGUUUUUCCAAAGACGGUCUCAAAGUAGCCACGUUCUCAUUACAACCACGAAAGCUUGUACUCAAGAGCUACCGUUACCGGAUGGAGUCGAGGUGGUACACGCGGCACCAGCUGCUGGACAUUUGAGCAGCUCCUCCAUAUAUCCUGCUUGUUUCGCGCCAUACAUUAUAGUGACAGCGUGCAGCGAUAGCACGAUACGCUUCUGGAAAUGUAAAGUGACCAAGGGUGAACCGGACGACAAGCUUCGUUACGAAUGGUGCGAAUGGGAUAUGACCCGAAAGGAUCAGGAAUCGACUAUCGACAUUACAGGACAACCGUUGAAUAUCAGCGCAGCGUACAGCGGACGUAUCGCAUGCGCGUACAAGUACGGGAAAUCGUUCACCCGACCAACGAAAAGCGAUCCCGAUUCGCGAUACGUGAAUCUCUGCGUCGCGAUAUACGAAUGCGAAAGCACCGGUGGAAGCGAAUGGAUUUUAGAAGACACUAUACAUUUAAAGAACAUACACUUGCCGAGGAUCCCGGUAGAUCAGCAUUUAGACCUGAGUUAUCUUUACGAUAGCAGAUUUUUGCAAAAAAAGCAGAGGCUGACUCAAGUGUUGCAAACUCUGAGCCACGAAGACGUAAGAUCCCCGAGAAACGGAGAGAACGGGGAAAGCGCAAAGUCGAAUGCAGGGUUGUUGGCCGUUCCGUCGUUCAGCACGCUUCAGUCAUUGCGCAAGUCGAUCAUAGAGAAUGGCAACACUUGCCCGCUUACACAGAAACAUUUGGUUCAACUGGACUGGGUGUCCAAGGAGGAUGGUUCGCACAUAUUGACCGUCGCCGUUGGAUCGAAGAUUAUGCUUUUCACGCCGGUAUGCUCGGACCUCGCGCAGGCCAAUAUGAAAGCGAUGAAGGAAUCGCAGAGCAAUAAUCGACCGAUAUUACGGAAAGCUUCGUCGUUGGCACAGCCACAAUUCGUCGACGAAAUUCGUUGGAUGAAACUACGAAAGAUCGAAUUAACUACGGCGGACGGUCUGCCUCCGUUGCCCAUGCAAAUAUCUUGGGUUAGGGACGGUAUUUUAGUGGUCGGCAUGGAUUCAGAGAUGCACGUUUACUCGCAGUGGAAACCGAAUCCGAAGCAGGAUUGUUUUCACUCGAAUUUGCAGCACCAAGAAUCGGACGAAUUUCAAGCGAGUCGAAACUUGCGAGACGAAGACCUGCGAACGUUGGCGCACGAAACGUCGCAAAGGCGACUGGCGAACGUUUCUUCCAUGCCCCACCUUUCUCGCGUGAGUAGCAUCAACUUGACGAUGCUCGACGCGAAAAAGAAACGAGGAAUGCAAAACGAAAAUUUGAAUUUCGACUAUAUGCCGGAUUACGGGCUUUUCGAAGCUUCGAGGAUAGCUUGUCCCGUUUUACCUCAAUAUCAUCCGAAGCAACUGAUGGAAUUGCUAAAUUCGGGUAAAAUACGAUGGGUAAAGGCGAUAUUGGCACACUUGGUUAGGUGCAUAGGAACCUCUUGCCCGUUGAGGGCGGACGACGAGAGCUUGAUGAAGCAGCGCGGCGGCGGAGCCGGUGGAUGGUCGCGUUCGAGAACGAUGUCGGUCAGUUACGUGGGCGCGAGCUCGCCGCUCGAGCCGAGAGGCUCGACCACCCAAAUACCGGAAGAACUCACGUUGGAUUACGCGGAGAUAACGUCGAUAUCUCCGUUGCCGCUUUGGACCUUAUUAAUUGCCGAUAAAGAAACGAAUCUCCCGCACCAGCACAAGACCGAGGACAAGCAGGACUACAACGAACUGUUCGACAAUAAUUUGGACGAAGGCGAGUCGUUGGACGAUAUGCUAGAAGAAGAUUACGAUUGCUCGAGGCAAAAGGAUAGACGUUCCUCGGUCCCGGAACGACAGGGAAUAUCUCAUUUCGGACCGAGACAAGGUCGAUUACUCUCGCGAUUGCUCACCCACAUCCAUUUACCCGGGCUCUCGAGCCUCGAUCAGAUGCAUUUGCUCGCCUUGGCCGACACCGUCUCCACUUGCAACGUCGAUUUCGCGGAACGAUUCGCGAUAGACGCCGCCAAGAAUGCGAUCGCGAAAGAAAACUUGACCGGCAUCCCUGACGGAGAAACCGUAUCGAUGGAUUCGUUGGACGAUUGCGGGCUUCGGUUCUUGCUGGCCAUGAAACAUUACAAUUAUCUGAUUCGUUGCCUGCCACUGGCUCAGAGAGCGCAAUUCCAGAAGCAAGGUAUAUCUUCGAACAAUCUCGUAUGGGCGUUUCAUUCCGAAUCCGAGGAAGAGCUGCUCGGCUUGAUACCAUCGUACGCGAAAGGUCAACCAAAGUGGAGCAUACUGAAGGAGCUCGGCGUAGCGUGGUGGAUCCGAAGCAACACCGUCUUGAAAAGAUGCGUCGAAAAGAUCGCGAAAGCGGCCUAUCAGCUAAACCAAGACCCUCUAGACGCUGCGCUCUAUUAUCUCGCGAUGAAGAAGAAAAAUCUCGUUUGGGGUUUGUUUCGAAACAAGAGGGACGACCGAAUGACCUCUUUCUUUGCGAACAACUUUACGGAGGAUCGUUGGAGGAAAGCAGCCUUAAAGAAUGCGUUCGCUCUACUCGGCAAGCAGCGAUUCGAGCACGCCGCAGCCUUCUUCCUAUUGGCGUCCGCCCUCAAAGAUGCCAUCGACGUGUGUUUGAACAAACUGAACGACAUCCAGCUGGCAAUGGUAAUCGCUAGACUUUACGAGGACGAUACCACCUCUCCACACAUGAGGAGAUUGCUCUACGAGGAAAUUUUAGGCUGCGACAAAGAUGGUCAAAAUCAGGAUAUGAACAAGGCGCAUCCGGAUCCAUUCUUGCGUAGCAUGGCCCUGUGGAUUCUCAAAGAUUACGCCGGAUCGCUCAACACUUUGCUCUUGACGAACGUCGGGACUUUGCAUCCGCAAUACAACGACGAAUCCGACAAACCCGAAGGCACGACAGCAAAUCCAAACGUUUUCAACUUUUACGUUUACCUUCGGACACAUCCGUUGCUGAUCAGACAGUACAUUGCGUCUACCGCCCAAGAAAAGAAAAAGGGUCAUUCGGUAGUUAUUUCCGGAUUCAGUUACGGCACGGAGACCAAAUCGCAGCCUGACAAACAAUUAACUUUGGAGGAUAGUAUCACUCCUUUGGAAAGGCAACUCUAUUUUACGACUGCGCACGCCCACUUUAAGGCAGGAUGUCCUGCUCUUGCUCUCGAAGUUCUUUCGAAGCUGCCCACCAAAGUAAUGGAGACCAAUUGCGAAGAUUCACCCAGUCUAUUGAACAGCCCGAGCAAGAUCAGAACGCAAGACUAUCAAAUAGACACGGGUAUCAUUAGUUGGGAGAACGAUUCGAAAAAAACCAACCAAGACGAAGGUAUCGUCGAUUGGUCUCAACCAGCGUCACGUAAAAGCGACGAAGAGUUGGUGCUAAACUGGGACGACGACGCAGUCGAAAACGACGACAACGACAGUCCACCUAUGAGCAUGAAGUUGGAUAGAAAGGAUUCAAAAUCGUCGGAAAAAGAUGAGAAAAACGAUAAAUCGUCCGGACAACUGGACAUCAUGGCGCAACAAUUGAAAUUUGUGGCUUGUUUAAAAAUUCUUAUGGAAGAGUUAUCGACGUUGGCGACGGGUUUCGAAGUGGACGGAGGACAACUUCGGUACCAGCUGUACGUGUGGCUUGAACGCGAAGUGGACGCUCUUAGACAGCUUUGUAGUUACAGCAUAAAUUCAGACGGAGAAGCAAACAAUGUUUCCGAAUACGAGACCGGUGGUAUGGUGGAUGACGUGCAACCGUGCAUCAGGCCUGGCGAACAGCCAACGUUACACGAGAUAUUAGUUGCCGAGAAAUUAGACUUUGAAGCUAAAGUACAAAGAGCCGUUCGAAGAAAGAAAUGGUUGAAAGCAAACGAAACCUUACUGCGAACGUUAUUGUCUUAUUGUUCGUUACACGGGGCAUCGGGUGGCGGUUUGGCGUCCGUACGAAUGGAACUUGUCCUUUUAUUGCAAGAGUUGCAGCAGGAAAAGACGCAGCAGCAGUUACUCAGUCCUCUUCCAUUCCCAACGACGCUUCCUCUUCUAAGCGCCAGCGUAGCAUGUAACAAAACCGUUGUAGCGGAUCCUGUCAGACACUUGCAGUCCCUCGCCCACGAUAUGCUUCAAACUUUGGUGGAAUUGCGCAAGCCACCCAUGCCGACGAGAAGCACGCACUAUUGCGAAGUAUUUAUAAUGAGAGAUUUAGCAGUGGCUCUGAGCGCUUGCAUUUAUCAGUCGCUGUGCGAUUCCGACACUUUUGUCACGAAACAUCAACAACCGGACAGUUUUCCAGCGGUUGCCGAAAUAGAAACAUUUUCCGGUGGGCACCUUGUAGCCUCGAAUCGACACCAUCGGAGGUACUCGACGGACGAUGGCGUAUGCAUUACCACAACUCCCUCGAAAUGGCCCGGCGUGACCAAUUUGCGGGCAUUGUUGGCUCGCGAGAAAGAUGAAGACACACCGAAACUAAACAUUCUACUUUGCGAAUCUUUCGUGGCCACCUACAUGAGCUUGUUCGUCUACGCUCUUUGGAGCUGCGAUAGUCAUAUUCUUUACAGACUCGUAGGUCAAUGUUUCGAUAACAGCACUUGGUCUUGCCUAUUCGGAGGCGGAGUGAAGAAAUUACUGCGCGUCGCGAGCACAAGCAGUCAGGUUGGUAGCGGCGGAUCAGGGUCGAUGGAGAGGGCGGAUGGUGGUCCCAGCGAAGCGCAAACCACCGCAGGAGCUGUAUGGAACACUAUGACGUCGUUGACCAAACAGCGCGUAAAACUAAAUAUGAAAUUAUUGGGACAGUUUACCGUUCAACAACCAAACAUGAAAGAGGACAAACCCACGUACAGAGAACAAUUCGUGUCGCCUCAAAUGAGCAUGAUCUCGUAUUUUUUAAUCAAGCCUCACAUCGACAGCGAAUACGCGGAUGAAAUCGAUUACGAUUCAUCGGACUCUGCGGUGUCGGAUCUCGAUUCUUCCGAGGACGAGGAAGAUGUGUUUGACACCAAUUCGAAACCAAAGAGUAAACCAAAGGACAACACGGAGCACACGAAUCCAAAUUCGUACAGUUGGUGCGUGAUGAGAUUGGCUAUAGUGAAGAUAUUACAACAACAGCUCCAGGAUUUCUUAAACGUAGCUGGUAUAGAGAUGCAAGAACUACCGGUAAGUAGUCCGUUGAUUCACGGUACGUUAGCCGUCGUAGCGCAAUGGCAAGAAACGUUGCGAGAAGAAUUGGACGGUAGGGGACCACCACCGAUCAAUUACAUUCCCGGUUGCGCACCGGAUCCCACGCCCACACCGGGAAAACCAGCGAUUCACAAAUAUCGAUCUUUGGUCGAGAAAGGCAACACACCGUUCAAUACCCGAUUGGCGUCUGCGGCUCCAGCUAAUCGACUCUGGUGUUAUCUGGUUAGACAAGAAUCGGUCCAGGAUAUAUUUAUUAGAGCCGUAUUUGGGAAACGAAGAUCCUUGUCGUCGAUAUUGGAAAGCAAUCAAACCGCGAUCGACAACUUGAAUCGCGGGACAACUGCGGAAGACAAGGGUAGCGAUAGCGGAACCACCAGCUUACCCGAACCAGUCCGAAUUAUUCACAAGGAACAAGACAGCAUCAGUGCCUUCUGUUUAAAUCAGGUGAACCCAGGUUUGAUGGCAUUAGCCACUCCUCGAGAAGUACAAGAAAUGAAUAUAUCGUUGCUGCUGGAACUCCCAUCUUGGUUGGAAGACGAAUGCGAGUUCGAUCUGAUUAAUUUGAACAAGCAACCGGAACCGGAACCCGUGCAACCUACCAGUUUCUUAGUGAUACAGACGGCAGCGGAUCGACCGUUGCUCGCUCAAAGUCCGCAGACGAACAGUCCUCAGCCGCAGUCGGGUAUCGCGAGCCAAAGCGGACGCGGAGCUAGCGUGAUGAAGGGGAUGCCUGCUUUUCCUGGCUCCCACGACCUGCGUUUCUGUCAGUUUGUUGCCGAUAGGAGCAAACACUUGUUGCAACCGAUUUUGAAGCAUAAAAUCGACGGUAUAAGAAGGAUUUCGUCCCACCCACUUUUACCAUUAUACUUGACCGGUUCUCAAGAUGGCUCGGUAUCGCUUUGGGAAUGGGGACAUCAGACGGCUGUAGCGACUCCUAGACAGCCAGGAACAUUUGCAAAAGUGACUCGCGUCCGUUUCUCGCAGCACGGAAAUAAGUUUGGUGUCGCCGAUUCCGAUGGGCAUCUCAGUUUGUUUCAAGUAGCAUGCAGAGAAGGAACAGCGCGACCUUUCUUCAAUUAUCAAUGUCACAGUAAGGUGACCGCAGACUUUGUCUUCCUUGGAGCGUGCAGUUUAAUAGCAACUGCUGGCCAUGGUUCCGAAGGACGUAACGUUGCCCUUUGGGAUACUCUGCUUCCGCAAAACAAGUCUUUGAUACAAGGGUUUACGUGUCACGAGCAAGGAGCCAGCUCGUUGAUCCUCGCCCCUCAGCAUCACCUUUUGAUUAGCGGAGGAAAGAAAGGGGACAUUAACAUAUUCGACGUUCGACAGCGACAACAACGACAUCGCUUUCAAGCUCACGAAUCGGCUAUCAAGUGUUUAGCUCUCGAUCCACACGAAGAAUUUUUCGUCAGUGGAGCAGGAGACGGUGAUAUCAAGAUAUGGGGAUUAACCGUCCAUUCUCUGCUUUAUUCAUUUCCUGGAGAACAUCCACGAUCUAGCUUUUUCAAGAACAUCGGACAAAAUGUUUUUCAGGGUGUGACGCAGUUGCACGUCGAUUCCGCGGGUCGUUUAUUUUCUUGCGGUGCAGACGGAUCGAUGAAAGUUCGUCAAUUGCCGGAACGCGAUUGCGUUGUACACACUUUAUAUUAGAAUAACGAAAACAUGCUAAUCUCUUAUACGCAAAACGUCUAAAGCUGCGCGUUCGUUCGACCACCGAUCUAAACGCUAUUCGAUAUACCAAUACCUAUUUAUUAUUCUCGUAAAUAUUCAUUGUACGAGAUUCUACGACAAACGACUAUCUCGUUUGCUAAAUUAUCACCGUGGACAAAUUUCGUUUAUUUGUUUGCUCAAAUUCUUCGUUCGAGUCUUCCCAAGUGGAAAAACAUUUACCAAAAUAUCAUUUGGGGAUGGUAUCCAGUCCAUUUCCCUUGUACGCGCCGCGGCUGUACGCGUACGAGGUUCCCGCAUGUAAUACGACACGCGACCGUCAGUCAACCUUUCUGUCUCUGUGGUGUAAUGGAUACGGUGAAAUAAAAGCUUCCUACGCGACCUAAACUCCGA